CAAAGAACUGUAAUUAUAUUAGAGAAGCUGCAGGGGCUUUAAACAGUUCUUUCUAGUUCCUUUGCUUUUUGCUGCCUUUCCCUGCUCUGCUGUCCCCUUUGGAUCUGGGAAUUUUUAUUUUUAUUUAUAGGGUGUGUGGUUCUCGUGCUGAAGAUGCACUGUGAGGCAUGGCUAUUUUUGUUAGAAGCUGAUACUUUAGUCUGAGCUGCAGGCAUUGCCUUGGGAAAGGCUUAGAUUGUUCUGGGGGGCCAGGACUCUACAGAGAAGACAAGUUCAGAGAGGCACCAAAAGAAGAAACAGAAUAGGAAAAGAGGAGGACCUCCCACCUUUUAUUUCUGCAUUUCCUGAUAGAGUCAGUGACCCAGAAGUAUUAUCUAAGCUGCUGGUAUAACUUGACCUGUUUAGAAUAUCUCUUACGAUCGCUGCUAUGGCUGAGAUUACAACAGAAGGACAUAUGUCAACCACCACCACAGUGAUGGACAACAACAAUGGAUCAGUUCUCACGCCACCAGUGAAAGUGGGAAAGAAGUCAGUUACAGAGGACAUAAUGACAACAUUCAGCUCGCCAGCAGCAUGGCUUCUUGUUGUUGCUCUGAUUGUUACCUGGUCAGCAGUAGCUAUUAUAAUGUUUGACCUGGUGGAUUACAAAACCUUUGCAGGAAGCUCUGUUAACAAGCUCAGCAAGGAGCCACUGAGAAUCAUACAUCAGACCAUGGAAGAAUCCACUGAUUGGCUUUAUGGUUUUAUUUCUUUACUGUCUGACAUCGUAUCAACUGAUGAUGAUGACAGUGAUGAAGGUGAAGUGGAACCUCCGUUGAAAAAAAAAGUUGAAAUUCAUCCUGUGACCAAAAAAAAAGAAAUUCAUAAAGGCAAGCCUGAUAGACAAGAAAAACUUGAAAAAACAGCACCAAAAGUAAUUCACAAAGAGAAACCUGAAAAACAAGAAAAGAUUGAACGGAAAGAACAACCAAAAGUGAUGUACAAAGACAAAUCUGAAAGACCAGAAAAACCUGAAAAGAAAGAAAAACCCAUAGUUGCUCACAAAACCAAACCUGAAAAACAGGAGAAAGCUGAAAAAGCACCUCCAAAAGUAAUUCAAAAAGACAAACCUGAAAGAGAGGAAAAAGUUGAAAAGAAAGCUCCUCCUAAAGAAGAGAAGAAAGCGAAGAGCACCAAAGUUGAAGAAAAAGUUAAAAAGGAAGUGAAAGAUGGAAAAGCUGAAUCAAAGACAGCUGAAAAAGGCAAGCAGACAGAAGCAAAAGUAGAGGACAUUGGGUUAAUAAAGGCCAAACCAAAAGUGAAGGAGGAGAAAGCAGUGAAGGCUGAAACAAAAUCAGAAAAGAAAGCCUGCAUAAUCUUUAUUUUUUUUUGGAAAACACAUAAUUACAUCACAGAAGUUGUCAAAGCUGCUCGCUUUGAUCAAUAUGCGUUCUGUCGCUAUGUGAUUGACAUGUUUGCGCAAGGGGAUUUUUAUACAGGACAAAAGGAAACAGUGCCUCCUCAUCUACUUGUAGAACAAAAUCCAAGGAAGAAGCCUGCAGCACUAGCUAUUGAAGAAGAAAAGCCUCUUGCGAUAGCUAAGGAAGUGAAAAGAACAGAAGAGGAAAAGAGGAUAACCCAAGAGAAGAGAGCUGUUUCUGAAACUAAAAAGAAAGAAAAAGAAGAGGAAAAAAAGAAAUCCCCUGAGAAGACUGUCCCUGAAAUAAAAAAAGCAGAGUCAGUGAAAGAAAAGCCUUCACUUCCACCUAUAAAGAAAGAAGAGACAGCAAAAGCUCCUGCAGUCAAACCAGCCACUAUAAAAGUAGCAGCACCAGUUUCCAAGACACCAGCAGCAGCUAAAACAGCAGAAGAAUCACCCCCCAAGAAGGAAAAGCUGGUGGAAACUGCCAAACCACUGAAGAAGGAAAUACCUGCAGUAGCUCUAAAAGUACCUGUAUCUGUGGAAAGUCAUAAGGUAAAAGAAACCGGACAAGCCAAAGAGCAAGUCGUUGCGGUUUCAGCUAAGAAAGCAGUACCUGAAAAGAAGGAAGAAAAAACAGCGAAGGCUGUGGAGCAAGAUAAACCACAGCCGAAAGAAACAAAACCUGUAAAAGAGAAAGAAGUGAAACCUCCAGCUGCAACAAAGGAUAAAGAGCAUGUCAAAGAAAAGGAAGUAAAGCAUCCUGCAGCUUUAAAAGAUAAAGAGCAUGUAAAAGAAAAAACUGUGAAGACUCCAGAAGUUCCAAAGGACAAAGAGCCUGUUAAAAGAAAAGAAGUGAAGCCUCCAGCAGCCUUAAAGGAAAAGGAGCCUACAAAAGAAAAAGAAGUGAAGCCUCCAGUUCUUGUCAAAGAAAGAGGGGCCACAAGAAAACAAGCAGUGAAGCCUCCAGUUGUCGUCAAAGAAAAAGACAUGAAGAAUGGCAUUUUUUCCCCUAUUUCAGCUCCAGUGAAAAGUGAAGGUGAGAAGAAAGAACCUGAAGUCAAAAAAGAAGAAAAGCCAGCAAAACCAGUGAUUUUAGAAGCCAAAAAGGUGAAAGAUGCUAAAGUAGUCCUUCAUCCUGCUGCUGAAGGCAAAAAAGUCGAGGCCAAACUAUCAACUACAGUAGUGAAACCUCAUGAACACAAGCAUGAAUCUAUUAAACAAGAAAAAGCUGUUUCCCAUGCCAAACCAGAGGAAAAAAUCAAACAAGAAAAGACAGCUCCCACUGAAAAAUCAGUCAAGUCAAAGCCAGCAAAGAAUGAAGCUGUCAGACACGAAAAAGAAGUUCCACAAACAAAAUCAGCCAGAUCAAAAGUAACUGCAAAACCAGCAUCUGAAAUGACAGUAGCAGCCAAGAAAAAAACAGAAAAGGCUGCAAAGGAAAGAGAAGCAAAAACAGAGAAGAAACAUCCCAAAGAGGGAAAAGCCAAAGCAGUGCCAACAGUAAAAGAAAUUCUAAGACAGCACAACCUGACAACAGAGAAGAUUUCUAAAGCUGCAAAAACAGCAAAAGAAUAUGCAGAAAUAAUUGCCAUUAAAAAAGACAAAGCUCCAGUCCGCUUCUUCCAAUGUGUCUUCCUAGAUGGAUACAAUGGAUAUGGAUUACAAUUCCCCAUUACUCCAGCUCCCAGCCAUGAAAAGAGACCUGGUCAUUCAAAGACUUCAGGGCGGAAGUCAAAGACACCAGGACAGUAGAGAGACAUAUUAUCUGUGUAUUUUUGAGACUUGGCACUUUAUCCCUUCUACUGAGGUCCACAGUAACUACAGUGGUACUUGUUACUGUAGAAAUGUGAUCCAGUAGAUCUCAUGCACCUGGAAACGUUUUUUACUGUCUGGUGCUGAGGGAAAAGAGGUGGUGGAUGAACACUGUUCAUCCAAACAAUACUAAUAUUGUUCUUGAGGAAAGGCUGUGGUGUUGAAAUAGUGUUUGUCAGAUUGUGCAGUUUGUUUGUGCAUGUGCAUUUUCCUGCCUCUUCUGCUCUUCUUAUUUUCCCCCUACCUGUUCUGAAUUCAAGUACGUCUAUUUUCCAUGUAGUAAUUUUUAAAGAGCAAAAAAUAUAAAUGCAAGGAUUAUUUCAAUAAGAUUAUUUUGCAAGAUUACCUGGAAUCCUAAAUCAUAUCCUGUCAAUGUUCAAUCAGAUCUCUGAUAUGGAAAAAACCUCAGUAAAUCUGAAAAUGUGCUCCAUGACUGGUGCUAUUUUUAUGUAUAAUUGACCAGUUUAGAAUGAAGCUCACAUCUUACCUUUAAGCUGCUCAGUAUGCUAUAGAAAGGUUCACUAUCCAAACAGUUAAUGAUGAGUAUUUACAUUUAAGUUGAAGGCAAGCAAUAAAAUCUUGCUAUAUUUGCCCCUUAAGUAUAUGUAAAAUCAUAACACCUCAUUUUCCCUUUCAUUUUGAGAUCUGGGGAAGUGAGCCAAGGGGGGCCUGCCAAAAGAGAGGUGAAGCAAGGAGGUAUACUGUGAAGAUCUCAUGAGUGGGAAGGAAAUUCUUUUACUUCCUCUGUCUCUUCUUGGACAAAGUCAAUAUCAAGACAACACAGACUGCAGAUAGAUCAUGCUGGCCAAUCAUUUGUUAGAAAAAGUCAGACAGGAAGCUAUAUCAUCGGACACUACUUGUGAAACAAAACCAAAUUUUCAAGUAAAAAUGCCAACAUGAUACAAUCUUGGAGCAAUCAGCAAAAACAGGGUAUGUGCAAGAAAUCUUGAUAGUUAAUUUUGCUAGAUAAGAUGGAAGGCCUCAUAAGCUAUUAGCUGGGCCUCUGUCAAAGUGCACUGUAUUGUCAGUUACUUUUAGGAUGGGUGCAGCAGGUAAACAUGCCAGUCCUCAACCAUCUUGUUUAUUUCUUCAGAUAGUGUGGAUUAGCUAUGUUAAAGAAAAGGGAUGCGCUGGUACUUGACCUAUGUGAAGGUGUCUGAUUGUAAAUCAGUGUUGUGAUUGUCUGUACAUGUCUAGCAAUGUAAAUAAUAAUGCAUUUUUGCAAGCUGCUAUUUUUCUUCCUUACUAUAUUUAUGAAUUUAACCUGUGAACCACACAGCUGUGAUCCCAGUUUCAUAGUUACCAUUUGAAAUACCAUGAAUUUUAACAUGAUAAUUCAUGAAAUAAAUCUGCUCACACCUGUAAAUCAUAUAUAGCUUUUUUUUUUUUAGUAUAGCUCAAGAUAACAUCACCAUAACACUGAUGCUUAUCUUGAUAGGAAGAUUGACUUACAUAGGUUUCAGAUAACUAUGUCCCAGAAGGACUCAGGCAAUUUAUAAUGGGAUGUGGAGUUUUUUACCUCUAGGUCACUGGGUCAGAUUGGUAAUGGCUGAAAGUUGUUACUUUCUGAUUGAUGUUCAGUGGCCUAUAUGAAAUGAGUUCUUGGUCUUAGCACACUCUGUGUUAUGCAUGUACCUGCCUCUCAAAAUCUACCAUCCCACUAGAUGGCCUUGACAGCCAUUUAGAAAUGCAAUUACCAUCUUGUGUCUAGGGCUUGUUCUUCCCAAUCAGGAAGGGGACACAUUGGGGAUGUGGUUGUAGAGUGCUCUGACUCUGCAGUAACCAGAGCUGUAAACCUGGAACUCCCGGGGGUUUUUCAGCAGGACUUCCCCCUCCCCCAUAGGGGUCCCCAUCCCCUCAAUGUGUCUUUUGUGGCUCAACACAAAUUGUGUGUAUUUCAGUGUGUCGUUACACAGGUUGCUGUCCUAUGAUUUUCCUACUAAGGCUGUCUUAAUGAAGGGAUUAUAACUUUCAGAAGGUCAGCUCAUUUAAUUCAUAGCGUUAUCCAAUUCAAAUGAUCAGCACGACAUUUAAUUUUUUAUAUAUUCACAAGCUGUUGUGGUUUUUUAGCUUUUUUUGACACUUAAUUUCUCUUUUUGUUCAUGAUGACUUGGCUGUUUCUCCCAUUGCAAUUUGAUUUGGGAAAGGACAAGAAUGUUUUUUAAGAGCCCGUUCCUCUAGCAUUUCAAUUAGAUAUCAGAUUGGCUCUGAAGAAGUAAAACAUUUGAUCUUUGCUUCAAUGGACAAGUGAUGUAAAUCUGACUAUAGACAGUCACUUCCUAAUCUUGGCCACUGAUAUGAAAACUACUGGACACUCCUCGGUCAAAAUGGCAGUCCUUUUCCUUGGGCCUUCAUAAACUGAAUUUAUCUGAAACCUUAACAAUGCAUUACUUGAAUUGCAUGGCUUUACUUAAAUCAGACUGAAAUGUUAUUAAAAUGUAUGCUUAUUCUCAUCAGUUUUGGAAAAUAAAACAUAUCU